AUGGACACAGGGCCUCUUCUGCACGCAGAGCCCUCGUGUAAUGUUGGCCUUUCGAAUGCGCCUAACAACAACAACAACAACAACGACUCGGCCAUACCCCGUCUGCCACUAUCGCCGCUGCGCGAGCCGCCAUCUAUCCUCCGUCGCAAAGUCCGCAAGAAGUCGAUUCGCAAUACCAAAGACAGUGCCGAGAUGGCCCGUCUCAAAUACCACCGCGAGAAGAACGAACACCAACAAUCACAUUCAUUACCCCAUCUCUACCCUCCGUCCAAGGUGGUGGACCGCCAUUUCAGUGUUGCAAAUGUUGGCCAGAAUGGCACCAUGUACUUGAGGUUCGAACAACCCACUCCGGACACAGCCCAGGACCCCAAACUUAUGCUGCCUAGACCGGUUGCUCGUCCUUAUCCAAGAGCCUUUCGUCCUCCUCCGACUCNNCCCCCUGACACCUCGGACACCCACCAACACACUCCAUCGGGCCUCUAUUGGCAUGACGGCUUACAUCAGAGCGCGGCUCAAUUGUCUAUACGCCAGCCAGACCAUGACUUCAUCGCACCCCGCCGAAGAUCGUCAUUUGACAGCGGCUACAGUCGAAAGAGUAGACAUGAAACGGCUAGGGCCCCCCGUCUCCGCUCACCGAGUCUUGACUCGAUUCCUAGACACGCUCAAGAGAAAGACCAGCAGUCGAAACCACCACCGUCAGAUGCUGCUGAUUCUCUGUUUGCACCUCUCCUUGAGGUGCCCAUUCCUAACUUCCGUCUUGGUUCACCGAGGUUUAGUGAUCGUGGAACCGCCUUCCUCCACAACUCGUAUCAUACUGCCUUCUCUAGUACGACAGACUUGCGACAAGUCUCAACUGACCGCUUGGAUCGCUUGAUGCCACCUGCUUCCCAAAGCCACCAAAACUCGAUAGAUCUGCGCAGAUCCCCGAGCGUCUCCUGGUUUUCUCCUUCAGUAUCGCCCGCUGUGGACACUCAACGUGGUCAGCUGCUCCCUUCGCCGCUUGCUACUCCGCCUCUGGAACUGGAUCAGGACGAGAUACCUCAUACUAUCUACGACAAGGUGGCUGCAGAUCCAGACAACAGCCGAUAUGUCAGGUAUGCGGACGGUACAAACGAGAUCGUUGCUGCAAUACCCACUCGACUGAUCAUCGAAAUCACCUCCGUGAAAUUUUUGGACUACGAUCUCUUGUCCGAUUUCUUUCUAACGUACAGAGCAUUCUUGUCGCCAUCUGAUCUGGCUAAGUAUCUGGUAGCCAGAUUACGAUGGGCCGUAUCGCAAACUCAUGAAUCUGGACGAGUCGUGCGUGUCCGUACAUUCGUUGCUUUGCGCCACUGGAUCUUGAAUUAUUUCACUCAAGACUUUGAGCCCGACCACGAGCUUCGAAACUUAUUUUGCAAUCUUGUCAACAAGCUUUCUCUACAUGUGGCACAAAUGCCUCAGGGCGGCGCUGGGGGAGACCUUCAGGUACUCAACGAGCUACAAAAAUGCUGGAAUCGGACGUGCGUACUUGUUUGGGGGUCGAUUGCUGCGCCCCACUCGUACAUGCCACUCGGAAUUGGUGGUGAUCGCGAUUCGCAGAUUCAUGGCAUGACAGCUGUGCGCUCGAUGACCAAUGAAUCAACCAUAAGAAACUCGUCCUAUCUGGGUAACAACAUAUCCACAGUGGCCUUGAGACGACCACCUACAGAAUCACGCCUUAGUGAGGCUAGUAUUCAGGUCACAUCCUGCUCGUUCCCUAGGUUGAAGCGUUCCAAGCAUGACUUGAAGAACCAGUCUGAAAAACCAAACCAUCACUCGCCUUCGAGGUCGAGGGGGUUCCAUCGACACAAGAGAAGUGACAGUUUCUCUGAUGCUUUGCGUGAUUCUCGUGUUGAUCGCCCGAUUUCCUUGCAGCCAAAUACAGAGAUCAAUAUCCGACCCGGCAGAAUCAUAAGAGGUCUCCUUAUCCAUCCCAGUUCGGCAAAUGUCAUUGGACCUGGUCCCCCAAGUCCUACUUUUAUAGUGAAUCCCGACGAUACCAGACCUAGUCUGUCGGAAACACUCUCACGAGCGUCAGGAGCUCAACCUCAGCAUGCUCGCCUAAACAUUCUCGGUAGCGUACGUCGAGCGCUAAGCACACGCCAUGGUGGCAGAUCUACACUGAGCUCCCGACCCAAGACUGCUAGUUCUGGUGAUCUGCGCAAGAUGGAUAGCACAGAGCCCCAGCCGAGAGAUAUGAUCAGACAAAUGCAAGCCAGAAAGGCACAAAUUGUUCAUACGGAUGCUUUGGCCGCAAUGGUCAUGCGCUCUUGGGAACAGCAAGGUAACGAGACAAUGCACGAGUUGACUCAGUUCCAGCCCAAUACUUUGCCAGUCACACGGAACAGAUCAAAGACAAUCGAGACCAACCUUGCAGUGCGUCCUGGGGCAUCUCGUCUUCUCAGCAAUGUGACUACAAGUAGUCGAUCAAUCAUGAUCAUCGACGAUACAGGGAUUGAUGAAUCUGAGCGAACUCCGGAUAUCACACAAAUAACUGCUGGUUUUACACAGUCAGCGACAAGUUACGACUUGUCAAGACAGACGACGCGAGAACACAAUCAAGCAGCUAUUCAAGACGUAGCUAUGAACAACACUGCCUUUUUACUCCCUUACGACAUGGUAAAUUAUGACCAGCCGUCUUGGGUGAAUCCGGUUAAGUCUGCUACCUUGUCCACCGCGCCUACGACUUUGUCCAUUAUGUCAUCCCCAUACUCGCCACCACCAACCGCACCGCUUCCACCACUCCCGACUGCUUCAACUGUCCCUAAAACGCCUGUGGCUCUAGUAGGAGAUCACAAGCCCAGUCCUGAUACCGAGAUUACCACAUCCUUUGGUACUGGUCAACUGUACUCACCAGAGGUCUCUACAGAAGGAAGCCCGGCUCUAAGCUUCCGCAAAUCGUCACCGGUGAACCCUAACGAUUUGCCUGGGCCUGCUAGACAGCUACGUCGCAAGCCAGGAGGCAAUCUUCGUGGCGUCGAUACUGUUCAUGAUCUUGGAAGCUCUCAUAGACGCCAAUCAACAGGCUCUGUCACAUCACCAGUCUCCAUUUAUGGGUCGCCGAUCUUGACUAUCACUUCUGGAGACCUUGAUGAUGCACAAAUUGAAUCACGGCUUACAGGACUUGCUCUUAGACCCCAGGCCAGCGAUGGUGAUAUCUUCGAUGCGGCGAGAAGAAGCUCAUUGCGACUGCUGUCUACUCAUUCGUCUUUGCGCCAGUUGCGCCCAUCAAUGGAAGCCGAAGUAGCUAGACUCCGAGAGAUGCCAGUGGUCGAGGNNGAUGAUGGGGGUGUUGAAUCUGCACUACUUAAGCUUGAGGGCAGGUAUGUCCCAAGUCGCUCGUCUGAUAAGACAGUGAAGUCCUUCGACUUGGAUCAUGACGGUGGCGACUUUCCAACUCUUACUCGACAACAAGUCAGUCGUCAAGAGUUUGUGGUUCCAGAGGAGACAAACACGUUCGCUUGGCCACAACGACCAACAGGAUCCGGAGCUGAAGUCGCCAAAGCCGUGCAUAGAAGGCAUGACGCAGUCGAUGCUGCGGCUGUCAGUCAGCCAAGCGAGUCUACACGGACAAGACAUGAGAUCAACAAUUCAUCAAUCGCAACCAGGGACUUUGCGAACUUUGACUUGGCGAAAGAUUCUGAGCGCCCUGUUACUCCCGUUGAAGACCAAUCGAAACGAUCAGACACUCCAAACACGCCUGCCUCCACAUUCCUGCUUGACGAUGGCGAGUCGCUUGUUGACCGCAAUUCGAUGCAUGCGCGAAAACAUGAAGCGAAAUCGUCGGCUGAUGCUGCACAUAGCUUCCUGUUCGAUGCAGAAGAAGAGGAUGCAGUUAUAGGUUCUACAGACCAAUUUCCUACGGACCAAAUCCAACCUCCUCCUGGACCACACCCUCUCACUCCGCCUACAACAGCAGACAACAUAUCAGAUCACGGUUUUGACCAGUUUAAUACACAGCUAUUGCUGCCUGGUCCGCCAGUUGCAGGAUCCAAGAAAUCAUUUCGCUUGUCAGAACUGUUACUGUCGGAUCAAUUCGCGAAGAAGGCAGAUCACUCUGCUCUCCCACGGACACGCAACCUUCCAACGCAACACACGCCCUUUAUUUUGGCACAUACUUCUGAAGCUCUUGCUAUGCAGUUCACCAUCAUCGAGAAGGACGCAUUGGACUCUGUCGAUUGGAAGGAUUUAGUCAAUCUCAGUUGGUCGCAAGAGGUUCCAUCCGUCCGAGACUGGGCGCAGUACAUCCACGCAUUUCCCUCCGAUGUUACAGAUGUCAGCAGUAUUGAUUUGAUCAUCACUCGAUUCAAUCUUGUCAUCAAAUGGUGUAUCUCUUCUGUUUUGCUCUGUGCAACAUCGGAGGAGCGUGCUCAGUGCAUUACGAAGUUUAUACACAUUGCAACACAUUCGCAUCGCAGCCUACGCAAUUUUGCAACAACAGCACAAAUCACUAUCGCACUACUUUCCUCGGAUCUUUCUCGCCUAAGCACGACGUGGUCGAAAGUAGCACAAGCUGAGAAAGAUGCACUUCGAGAUCUCGAAAUGUUGGUUAGCCCGAUGCGUAACUUUGCCGUGCUACGUGCCGAGAUGGAAAGCGCAGCGGCUGCGCUGAGCGACGAUGAUAUGUCGGCCGGUAAAGGUGUCAUUCCUUUCCUGGGCGUUUAUACCCGCGACCUCGCACUCAAUGCUCAGAAGCCAGCAUUCAUCGCGCCUACUGGCAGAGCAUCAUCGGACGGAUCGCACGAAAAGCUCGUCAACUUUGAGCGUCAUCGCACUACUGCUUCCAUUGUCAAGGGAGUGUUGCGUCUGCUAGAUGCCAGCUCCAGAUAUGCCAUCAAAGCUGAUGCUGAGAUCCUGGCCAAGUGCUUAUGGUUAGCAGCGCUGGCGGAUCACGAGAUCGCCGAGCUUAGUAAAGGAUUGGAAAGAUGA